AUGUCGAACUUGGCAAAGCUCGAAUUUGUUGCACUUGACAUCUCCGGAAAGAACUACCUUUCAUGGAUCAAUGAUGCUGAGGUUCAUCUUGAGGCUAUGAACCUAGGGGAAACCAUUAAGGAAGGCAAUGAGGCAUCCUCUGUGGAUCAAGCGAAAGCCAUGAUUUUUCUCAGACGCCACAUCCAUGAAGGCUUGAAGUGUGAAUACCUUACUAUCAAGGAUCCGUUAGCCCUUUGGGGAAAUCUCAAAAUUAGCUCCAAGUUACGACUUUGUGGAGAAAAUAUAACUGAUGCAGACCUAUUGGAGAAAACUUUCACCACAUUUCAUGCCUCCAAUGUGAACCAUCAGUCCCGUCCAACUCGAUCUGCACCAUUCCAUGAAGUGAAUGCUGCCUUGGCAUCAUCUCAUGAGGCAUAUGCUACCUCAUCACAUGGCGACCGUCGUCGAGGACGUGGUCGUGGUAGGGGUACCCGUAAUGGUCAAGUCCAAAAUAGUAAUAGCCACCGCUUGGGUCCAAGAAAUACCCAAGCAUCUCAUAACCACCAGAAGUGGAACAAACAAGACAAGACAAAUGGCUCCGAACCUUCAGCUGACAGGGUGAUUGAGGAAGCAUGUCAUAGGUGUGGUACAAAUGGGCAUUGGGCACGUGUAUGCCGCACACCAAAAUAUUUGGUUGAUCUUUACCAAGCCUCAAUCAAGGGCAAAGGAAAAAAGGUUGAGACAUAUUGGAUGGAUGCUGAUCCAACAGAGUUAGAACCAGUGGAUGCAACUCCCCUUGAUGUCUCAGACUUCUUUGUUGAUACUGAUGGCAAAUCUUUUGAUCCUAUGAUUAGUGAUGGGAUACUCCCCAAUUAA